GUGUUCUCGUGAACGCGCGCGGUGUAGAGUCCUCGUGGUUUGUUGAGUGAGUGAGUGAAUGAGGAGGACGAUGGGUGGAAGAUGAUGGUCAAAAGAUCUGAUUUAACGCAGUAAUCGAUCGUUUUUUGCGGCUGGAGUUUUGCUUGGCUUUGUUGUUUCGGGAUCUGCUGGAUCUCCUGGAUCUGCGAGGAGGUUUUGUGACCGCAUGGCUUUUGUUUGAGGAAACAAACGGGACAAUAACAUCGGUUCUCCUCUUUCUUCUCUCUCUCUGUCUGGGGAAAGCAGCCCCGGGGUGCUCUCCUUUCUCCUGCGCUGGUUCCAGGUUCUUCCUGCUCCAGGAUGUCUUCUUCUGCCAGCGUGGAUUAUAUUGCUCCUUGGUGGACUUACUGGCUUCAUAAUUUCCCUCACGUCAACCUGAGGCUGCAGUCUAUUGACAACACCUUCAAACCCCAGGAUGAGGACUACCAGCAGUCUCUGAUGUUCCUGUUCUGCGUGGCGGCGGCUGGUCUGGGGUUGAACCUGCUGGCUCUGGCGGUUUAUCUGAGCUGCCUGUGCUGCUGCAAAAGGGAUGAAGAAGCUGAGGAGACGAAGAAGCCCAACUCCUGCUGUGUCACCUGGGCGGCCGUGGCUGCUGGACUGCUCAGCUGCGUCGCGGUCGGAGUGGGUUUCUAUGGCAACAGCGAGACCAAUGAUGGGGUGUACCAGCUGACCUACUCCCUGUACAAUGCCAACCACACCCUGGCAGGAGUGGAGAACCUGGUGACGGGCACUAUGGGUGGAAUGCAGAAUGGGCUGAAGGAGCACCUGUCGCGAUUGGACGAGAUCUUUGCCACGCGAGGGGACUUCGUGCAGACACUGCACUUCAUGCAGCAGAUGGCAGAUAAUGUCAUUAAACAGCUUCUGGGGCUGCCAGACUGGGAGCAGGCCAAAGUGGACCUCGCUGCCAUCGCUGACCAGACUGCCUUCGUAGAGUAUUACAGGUGGUUGACAUAUCUGCUGAUACUCAUCCUGGAUCUGGUCAUCUGUCUGGCAGCGUGUCUCGGUCUGGCCAAACAGUCGCGCUGGCUCCUCACCACGAUGAUGGUGUUUGGUGUUCUAACUCUGAUCCUGAGCUGGGCGUCUCUGGGAGCUGAUAUAGCGACAGCUGUGGGAACCAGUGAUUUCUGUGUGUCUCCAGACAAAUUCAUCAUGAACCAGACCAAAGACGUCGUCAGCUCAGAAAUCGUCCAUUAUUAUUUAUACUGCAGCCAGACGCUCCCCAACCCCUUCCAGCAGUUUGUUUUGCAGUCCCUGACAGUUUUCCAGCGAUCACUGACCACCAUGCAGAUCCAGGUCCAGGGGCUGCUGCAGUUCGCUGUGCCUCUGUUCCCCACGGCUGAGAGAGAUUUGUUGGGCAUCCAGCAGCUGUUGAACAAUUCAGAAGGAAGCCUGCACCAGCUGACCGCCCUGCUGGACUGCAGAGGACUCAAUAAGGACUACCUGGACGCUCUGAUGGGCGUGUGUUAUGAUGGAGUGGAGGGUCUGCUGUACCUGUGUCUGUUCUCUCUGCUGGCUGCUGGUGCCUUCUGCACGAUGCUGUGUGCUAUUCCACGCGCCUGGAGGCAGAUCGCCAACAGAGAGCGGGAUUAUGAUGAUAUAGACGAGGAGGACCCCUUUAACCCGCGUAUCCGGCGGUUGGGUUCCCAGCAUGCUCAGCAGGGGAACCUGCACAGUUUCUGCAGCUACAGCAGCAGCAUGGGCAGCCAGAACAGCCUGCACCCCCCCGCCGCUCCGGCUGCCUCGGCCACCCCGGCCGCUUCAAACGCCCCCGUCAACGAAUACAUGAAUCAGACGGCUCUGUUUGGUGGUAAUCCGCGAUAUGAGAAUGUGCCUCUAAUAGGCAGAGGGUCUCCUCCUCCUUCGUACUCUCCGAGUAUGAGAGCCACCUACCUCUCCAUGACCGAGGACCAGAUAAGGCACUUCGGGGAGGAUUUCAGGGCCUAGAGUUCAUCUCCUAACCUUCAUCAUCAUCAUCAUCAUCAUCGUCUUCAUCAUCAUCACCCAGCGUGGGCGAACGCUCAACCUGCGAAGAACCGCCACGUCUGUCUGUGUGUGUGUGUGACUGCAGUGAGUUCGCUGGAACACGGUCUCAGUUUGGGACAUGCGUAAAGUCUGUGCAAAAGUUUAAGCGCCCCCGUCCGGUUCUGUUUGUUUUGCUAGUGAUCCAAGUGAAAAUAAUAUUUUUCCUCUACAGAGAAC